AUGAUUGUGAUGCUCUUUAUAUGCACGCCGAGUUCUGCGCGCGCUCGGACUUACAUCACCUACAGAAGGUGGUUAAAGCCCAUCGGGAUGAGGAAAUUGACCGACGUUGUAGACGACCGGUCCGAGUGGGAAAGCAAAUUUACCGAGUCCCAAGUCUGGGAGGAUGGGGGAAAGGCAGUCUGGCUGCGUAACGCCGAUCCCACGCUGUUGCGGAGGAGGGGCAGAGGAAGAACUCCUCCAAGGGACAAUUUGCUCAAGAUGUGUUUUGUUUUGUUUCGGCGGAAGCAUUUGCAGCUCGACCCAGAUUGGAAAUCCUGGGAGGAGAGCCACCCCAAUCACAAGCUGCAGAGGACCCGAGAGGGCAUUGACACGUUGAGGAAAAAUAUGCAGAAGUUAGAGUUCUCAUCGCUUGACACUUCGGCAUUUCUGAACGUGAGAACGUGGAUGCUAAUAGACGUGACCAUGGAACGAGUAAGGAUGCAGCAUACGAUUAUAGUGCUUGGUGGUGUCAUAUCGAUCGAAUUCUUGCAGCUCACUGCCACACUUUGGCUUGAAGACUCUGCAGUUUCAGAUUCAACGCUUCGUGGCGUUUGGCACUUCUUUGUACAGGGUGUCUUCCUGGCGCUCCUGGUAAACGCCGCCGCCGGAAUGAAUCAGACCAUGCGCGACAGGAUGGUGCUCACGCUCCGAUAUUGGAAGACACGCGUCAUGAAGGUGGCCCUGCGGUCUCACAACGUAGAGUUAUCCAGGGACGAGCUGAACAGCUGGCGCAGCCCGCAGCCUCCAAUCUUCCUGACCGAUGUUCGCGUGCAAGUGGAUAACCAUAUCAGGGUGAUCCAGGACGGUCUCGAAUUUUUGAUCAGUAUGAUCGAAAAGCAGGAGCAGCCAAUAUCCAUGUUCGGGUUCGAGGUGUCAUAUAAGCUGCACAGCAGUAUUAUGGCCCUCGUGACAUCCAUCGUGGUUUCGUUCGUGUGGAGGCGCUACGAGGUCAAGCUGAAACAGCUGUUCGAAGUCAGCCUUUGA